UGUACAAACACUGAUUGAGGCUAAGGCACAGAUCAACACACAGAAUGAGGGUGGCUGGACUGCUCUUCACCUGGCAGCUCAAGAAGGCAAAGUUGAUGUGGUGAGACUACUGACUGAAGCUCAGGCUCUGGUCAACAUACAGAGUGAGGAUGGCAUGACUCCUCUCUACAUUGCCAGUUGGAAAGGACAUGGAGCAGUUGUUAAACUACUCCUUGAACAACAUGCUGAUGUCAGCAUCUAAUGGCAUGACUCCACUAAUGAUAGCAUCAUUCAAUGGACAUACUGAUGUUGUACAAACACUGAUUGAGGCUAAGGCACAGAUCAACACACAGGAUGAGGAUGGCUGGACUGCUCUUCACCUGGCAGCUCAAGAAGGCAAAGUUGAUGUGGUGAGACUACUGACUGAAGCUCAGGCUCUGGUCAACAUACAGAAUAAGGUAUAGAAGUAAUCUUAUUUACACGAUGACGUCAUCAUGACACUAUCAUCACAGAAGGGAAACAGACCCAUUGACAUUGCCAGAUCUAAGAGUCACUCUGAGAUUGUUGAAAUCCUACAGAGAAUGUA